CCCAGCCCCAAAGGCUGAGCUGCAGCUGCACCCCUGUAAAAGGGGACCCAAAAGGUUUAGUGCCAAAACCCACCUGUAGAGUUACCGGGUCCCAGCCAGGGACCCAUGGGGGGUCCCACACCAGAGGGUAGAAGAAAACAGACCGCUCGCCGGCAGCUGCCCCACAGGCCAGCCCCAGAGAGGAGCAGGAACCGAGCACCAAGGAUGGGGUCCCCAGUCUGGAAUGGGGCCCAGCUCCUACCAACCAACUCACACGUGGCCCAGGUCAAGCGAGGAGAGGGGCUGGAACGCAAAGUACACAAUCACCAGAGUAAAGAUUCAUUCAUGUGCAUGAGGCAUCCCAGCCAAAUCAGGGCACCCCGAAUAUGGUUUCACCCGGGGUUCUUACUCACUUCAAAUGCUCAGGUACCACACAGUGUGACUAAUCACUGACACCCACACUACCCAUCGCUUAUCACAGACAAACUUUGCCGAGCAACUCAGUUUCUGUAGCUUUCUUGCUGCUCAUCUGUUGGUCCAGGUGCCCCUGGGGUCUGCCUCACUGGAGUCACCUCUCUGGUGACACCAGCUGACUCCGGAGGCAUUUCAAAGCUGCAUCGGAGGGGCUGGGAUGCUGGUGUUACCUCGCUUGUCUGGGACUGUCCUUCAUCCCCCGUGAACAGCCCUCAGUUUCCACCAAGCGAAGUCAAGCAGACAGGCUGUUCUUGUCUGGGUGAUCUGAACAAAGGCUGCAGCAGUUCUGACCCAGUCCCUCGGCCCCCAGAAGCAACGUGACCCCCCAACCCCAUCCCUGCAGGAACCAGCUGCAGCUGCUGAGCAUACCAGGAUGGGGAGAAGGAAACAGAAAGCACCCUUCAAAUAAAGUGCCAACAGCUGAAACUAAGAGCCAGAGAAACUGGAAACCCAGUUCCCACACAGGUGGAGCCCAUUAGGUGCCUCCAGCUCUUGGUGGGUCUCCCAUAACCCACCACGAUUAGUGCAGUAAGGAGUGUCUCUGUGUCCCCUCUUCAGAGAAGCCUAGGAAACGACAGUAAAUUAGUAACCCUGUCUGUGGUUCUGGAUGCCAAGACCGUGCCCUGGUGUCUGUCCAGAGAACACCCCGUCUGUGCAGCCAAAACCAAGCUUGGUUGUCCAAGGCUCAAAAUGGGAACAGUCCAGAGCAACCAAGAUAAAAAUGUCACAGUUUUGGACCUUAGCAAAUCAAGCAGUAGUUCCAUUACACAGAGACCACAAAAAUGGCACCAAAACUGUGUUAAUGCCACCAAAAGAGACCCAGCACAGAGCUGUCCCCAAAGCCCCAACCUGGGGGUGCCCAAGACGGGCAGCAGUGGCCCCAGGUAAUUCCCGCUGCCCUGGGCUGGCAAAGCCCUGGUGUGCCGCACCGAACAGGCCCUUGGGCUCUUUGAUUCUCUGAUUUUGCAAUAGAAAGGCAGGUAGCAAAUGAGAGCAGUCCUCAUCGGACCAGUGCUGAGCCCCUUUUCCUGUGAAAUGACAAGGAAAGCGGCUCUUGGCAUCCCCUAGAACUGGCCCGACACAGGCAAAUCCUCUUCCUCACAGAGUCUAACUUCUCAUUAACAAACACAAAACCAGAGUGAAGAUUAGUGUAUCCAACUUGACAGCCUGUAGUCAACCCCUGCCUGCUGGAGGGACCUCUGGGAUUGUUGCAAGGAGACACGACAGACAGAUCGCUUCUGGGGUGCCAUCCUUCCACACGCAUAACCCACCGAAGGAGCAACGUACGGCAGCGGGAGGGAGGCAGGAGACACAAUGCGAGGCUCCGAAAGGCUUGGGAGCGAAGAGCAGAGCAGACUCGAGCUUCCACUUGUCUCAGCAGAGCCAGCUGUCAGGAGAAAGCGGCUCUAUUGGGUAGCAGGACCGAAGACACACCAGAGCAUUAAUAACAUCCCAGGCAGCUGCUACACAGCGCUGCCUGCACCUGUCACAGGGCGACGGGGCGGCCAGCAAGAUUGGGAGAGAAAAUGGGGCACUGCGGGAAAGUCAUUUCAGCGCUGCCCGGAAGCCAAAUUGCUGUUAGUUUUGCUGAAAACCGAGCAACCGCUGCCCACAGCAACAGUGCAGCAGCAGAAAGGAAUACAGAGGAGCCACCUUUGCUGAGGGAGAAUGAGGUACAUGCCCCUCAGAGAUGGAUGUGAGCAUCCUGCAAAUAAGAGAAAUCAGAUAAAAGAAACGAUCUACAGAUUGGUGUCAGUCUGCCACAAGUGAGGUUAAGCAUGGAAAGGAACCCAAAAGUUUCACUUCGCAAUUGUACAGCCUUCAGCUUUGUAAGCGGCCAUUCCCUUAUAAGCCACAGCAAGCCAGUAAAACACCUUUCACAGUGAGAAAUGACUGCGUGCCUAAAACGCAUUCUAGCUGAUGUCCCUGUCUGUUCGGACCGAAGCAUGGCCGGGUUUUUGAGAUGCAAUGUGUAGAAAGGUGCUCAGAAGCAUCCAGGACUCACCUGCACCUCUGCCAUAGUCUCCCUGUGGCUAAAACACAGUUUUUAAGGCUGUCUGGCAUAAUGUCAAAUCUGGGUAAUGAUGUAAAAUGCUGAAUGUCUCAAGUGUCUCAGAUCCAGCUCCUCUGCUGUUCCGCGGCUGCACCGCACCUUAUCUCCUAAACCCGUCCCUCUGCGCCGCUGGGCCCGCCUGAGGGUCUGAACUGGGUUUCUGGAAGCAAUGCUUCCUCCAUUUCUUGCCCCCCUUAAAGAGUCUGUGUUCCCCAGGCAAUUAAUCCCAGGCCCAUUUUCCUCCCAACCCACCUGACUUGGAAUGAAGCUCCAGUUACAGCUGUUGUCACUGGCUACAGAAAAUUACUGCAGCCAAAAAUAGAUUCCUUUUAAACUCUAAUAAAAGAUGGAGAGAAAGGGCAGUUAUGUUGCAGUGGGAGGAAGGAGAGCAUGAAGUGCAAAGGCUGUCUGUUCUGGGGUUUGAAAUGUCAUUUAAGACACCUUUUCCGGUGCUUACCCAUAAGUUGUCUGCACGGGUCAGGGCGUAUUUACUCACACUCAGCGAGUAUCACCAUGUCAGGAUGGCUGCCCAGGAAUCUCACUGGCUCCACUGAGGCUUCAGAAUUCACCAGGGAGCAUUUCCUGUCCACAAGCUGAAAAAAUGCCAUCUUAAAAGUGCUUUUUGUUUGUAUUUUGUGCUUAUGUUUUUCCCAUGAAAAAGCUUUCUAAUUAUCUACCUGAAUUUGCUCUUUGCCAGCUUAUACCCAAUGGGUAUAUCAAUACUUUCUCAGAGCUAAACAUGUUGGCUUUGUUUCCUGGCAUUUACUCCUGAGGGUCAAGAACAGUGAAAGAUGACAUCCUCCGUCAGCGCGCUGUGCGGGAUAUACAACAGGGAGCCCCUUGCAGCUUCUCUCUGACAAUGGGCGUCCUCUUCCAGUCCUUCAGCAGCAUCUCCAUGAAUAUGUUCUAAAUUAACCUUUCCUGAGUGCAUAGGCUUUGACAAAUACAGGCUAUUCCAGGUGAAGGCUUGGUAAUGCUCUAGGCAACUUUCAAAACCCACCACCUCCAUCAGAAAUACUUCACGUCAUGCUGUCCUAAGAACCCACCGAGUUACUAACUCACUCUUACUCUCCUUGGGUUAAUAAACCCAGAGCUUCCUUAUUCCCUGGUAUUUCUUACUGAUGAGCUCCCAGACUUAACAGCCACAAAUCACGGCUGUGACUUAAAUCACGGGCUUACGCUCAGCUCAGUGUGAAGUUUGAUACUGUUUUUAUUGUCUUACCUGCCUGACACAGUACAUAAUGAUGGCACGUGUGCCUGUGACACUAUGAUUGAGAGGACAGGUAACUGCCCCUUAUAUAUGCCAGGGCAGAUAGAAAGCAGGUGAGCUGCAACUCACACAUAUCCCCCUGUCCGUUAUUUGAACACAGAACCAAAAGCACUGGCCCUGAGCUGUGUAUGUUCUGGGAAUGAUCACUCUGAUAUCCAGAGGAGAGGGAUCAUUAUCUUAUGAGGCUGCUGCAGGCAUCUACAAUGACAUCCCACGCACCAGCAAGGUCGCAGCAUGCUCCAGGACCUACAAGAACAAACCCGAAUCUGUAACUGCAGCCCCAAGCACAAUUCAUCUCUUGCACAGUAACUCCCUUUAACACCCAAAACACUUUCAUAUUUGGAGAAUAAAUUGGAGCACAAGACACCCCCACGAUGCAUCGACACUUCAUCAGCCAUUCUGAGGAAAAGCAAACAGUCACACUGUCAUACCCACGAGCAGGGCCCCAGGACACAAACCUGGAUCUGCUCUGCUGGUUGCAAACCCCGUGCUCCAUGCAGCAGCACAUCUCAGCACCCGCACACACACGAAAGCAGCACUUCCAAACACCUCCCGCUGAAGAGGGACGUUGCACUUUAGUUUUUUUCUUUCUGGGCAGAAAAGGCUUCUUUUGAAUGAGGUUUUUCAAAUUUCAGAGGAUUUAUUUGCUUCACCAGGCCAGGGACUGUUUCAGGCCUCACAAUGCAUUCUGAGGUGCAUAACGAAAUAUAAAUACCUAAUCUGAGUGUGAGACUGAUGUUCCUGUGCCCAUGCAGAACCCACACAGACCUUCUCACUUCUGCUGAGGCCAUCCGUGCUGCUGGCCACAAAUCGUGACAGCCUGAUACCUGCACUUAAUGUACUUGGGAUGGGCCUGGGAUCUGGAAAACCGAAACAGAUUCUCCCUUGUCUGUCUGUCUGUCCCCACAUGUUAUUCUAAAGGGCUCUUUCUAAUUUCAGCUGUUGUGGAUUGGUUUGAAGGAAAGUUGGCAAAUUAGGUAGUAAAUGUUCAGUUCAUAGACCAAACUCACCACACAGAUCUAAUGAAACGGAUCUCAAAGACCGCUGUGUGCAGGACAGCUGUUGACAGCACAGGUGUCACACACAUUUCUCACUGCAUGCUCUCACGAUGCCUCACUGCAGAACGCACACCUGGGCAUGUCCAAAAUUGAGAUGUUUCUGCCUCACCCUUCACUCCAAAGUAUGCUGACAGCUCAUGUCUGCUGUGCCCUGCUGGGAAGCCAGCAGUGGAGGUGGCCCUGGAGAAGACAAUUGAGGUGGCAGUGGAGGUGGCCAUGGAGAGGACAGUGGAGGUGGCAGUGGAGGCGGCCCUGGAGAGGACAGUGGAGGUGGCAGUGGAGGCGGUCAUGGAGAUGUCAGUGGAGGUGGCAGUGGAGGCGGCCCUGGAGAGGACAGUGGAGGUGGCAGUGGAGACGGUCAUGGAGAGGACAGUGGAGGUGGCAGUGGAGACGGUCAUGGAGAGGACAGUGGAGGUGGCAGUGGAGGCGGCCCUGGAGAGGACAGUGGAGGUGGCAGUGGAGACGGUCAUGGAGAUGUCAGUGGAGGUGGCAGUGGAGGCGGCCCUGGAGAGGACAUUGGAGGUGGCAGUGGAGGUGGCCAUGGAGAGGACAGUGGAGGUGGCAGUGGAGGCGGCCCUGGAGAGGACAGUGGAGGUGGCAGUGGAGACGGUCAUGGAGAUGUCAGUGGAGGUGGCAGUGGAGGCGGCCCUGGAGAGGACAGUGGAGGUGGCAGUGGAGGCGGUCAUGGAGAUGUCAGUGGAGGUGGCAGUGGAGGUGGCCAUGGAGAGGACAGUGGAGGUGGCAGUGGAGGCGGCCCUGGAGAGGACAGUGGAGGUGGCAGUGGAGGCGGUCAUGGAGAUGUCAGUGGAGGUGGCAGUGGAGGUGGCCAUGGAGAGGACAGUGGAGGUGGCAGUGGAGGCGGCCCUGGAGAGGACAGUGGAGGUGGCAGGGCUUCUUGGUCUCAGUUGCUGACAGAAGUGUUCAGAGCACCCUACCAGGUCCCCAUCACCCCGACUGCCUCACCUGGUGCCUCCACCACCCACACACCCUUCCCCAUUGGCGCCCGUUCUACACUUCAGCUCAGGGCAGGGGCUUGUUUCUCAGUUCAGUGCUGGCAGCGCUGUGAAGCCUCUGUUUUCUUGCUAUUGUUGACAUUUGUGGUUGGUUUGUUUGUUUUCUGUUUGUGUGAAUAUUUUUCCUUCCAUUUUUGUUUGGGUGAUGUCAUUGGACUGCCUUUGGUUCCUGAUUAGUUACUUUAGGACCAUGCACAACUGGGGGGAACUGUUUUCAUGCUAUCAUCAUGUUAAAGGUUUUUUGUCUUCUACUUGUAUUGUAACAUGUCUGCAUUCCUUAAAUUAGUAGCAGUAUGUGACUUUUUUUUUAACAGCUAUUAGAAGUAAGAAAAAAAUUAAGAUUGAAUCAUCUUCUUGGUUUCCUGUUUACAGCUAGAAACGCUCAGUGUCAUUAAAGCAUUAUAACAGAAUUCCCGAUCUCUAGCAGGGAUUUCUGUUUUCUGUUUAAGCCUAGCCCAGACCAAAGGGCUGUUUUGUAGCCUGCACCCAUGGAGUAGCACUGCACAGAGCACCUGAAAAGCCAGGGUGCAGAGCAGAGCUCUUCUGUCUCAGUCACAGUCCCGGGGCUUGUUUUCUUGUUCUGGAUGCAGGCACAUAAGCUGGGUCUGCAGCAUUCCUUAGCCUUCCUGGUAUUCCCUUCAUCUACCUUUUAAACUUUUCAGGAGGAAAAAAGCGCAUAGCCAUCACAGUGGGAUGAGUAUUAACAACUUUAUUUGUGGAGUCUUGGUGGGCGUUGGAUUUUGCAGAGGCAAAGAGAGAAUCUUGAUUUAGAUGCCGGAGCUCAGCACGCAGCACAGGAGCCUGUGAGCUGUGCACGGCACUGGGGAGCACUCUCAGGGCUGCUGCUCCUCCCGCUGUCACGGCCGCGUGUGCUGUAGUAGAGGGCUGGCACCUGGGGAUGUCACAGCUUCUUAAGGCAAAGGGAUACCUUGAAAAGAGCAGAAGGGAGAGGUACUGCAAUGAAACAUGCAAGAAAUACAGCCCUGAUGUCCAAGCCUGGGACUCUCCUCCACCCCAGGACAAGGGUGGCUGCAGGUCACAGCCCUGUAGCCCCAGGGUUGUCUGCCUGGCUUUGGGCUGCCCCCCUUCCCUGCCAAGCAGGAUCUGGCAGGUCCAUUCCUGCCCAGCUGCUGUGGAGCUCUGGCCCCUGUGAGCAGGGGAUCCUGUGCAGGGCUGGGGGAGCUGCUUUUACCUCGGGCUGGGCUAUUCCGCCUCUCUGCUGUAGCUGGGAGAGGAGGUAAAGCUGCAGGUGCUUUGCUAGCAACAGGUUUGUGUGUGUGCAAAGUCAGAUGCUUCUGACGCAAGUGGCUUUGUGGUUUAAAAGCUGGGGGGGGGGGCGGGGGGACACACGCUUGACAACCCUUCUCCCCCAGCAGGGACCAACGUGUGACGGGAGAAGAGCGUCUGAAGUGCCGAUCUAAACGUGCUGGCGGCUCCAGCCCUGUGCGCAGCUCCAGGUUUUUAGGAAGAGAAGCCUCUUCCCCCCGAUGAAGAGCAGUGAGUACAGACAUCUCUGUAAUGUGCUUUACUUUUUCCUGGUUGACUACAAAUAGCUGCCGAUUUUAAAACACUAAAAUAAUGUUUCAAGGGACAGUUGUCAAAUGCUGCUAGUUGAGACAGUUGCUCUGCUGAGAGGGGAAAUUGCAUGCCUGGAAUCAAAGAUAUUUAAUUUUGCUGUGAAUGUAGGUGCUGAAAUGCUCGUAACAGUAUUUCAGAGUGAGUUCUGUGGUGGCUCUGCCUCUAAUAGUCCAUACUAUGUUUCUGUGUUCAGAUCAAACACCAAAUAUACACAGGCGUACAAAAGAGAUUUUAAUCUCAACGUAAAUGUUAUUUUAAAGGGAAUGUAUAGAUACAUAUGGGAUGUUUUAUGUCAAGGACAACCCCUUUUAGUUCAGUGAACUAUUCGUUUUAAUCGGAAUGGCUCUCCAAGGGGUGACUCAGUAAUUUGCUUUUCUUCGAUGACUAAGUUUUACAUGCUCUUAUUUGGUUUUUAUAUCAGUAGCAAACUACCUCCAGUAACAGCAAAUUAUCUGGAGCUUUAAAUACCUUUGACUGUACAGAAGAACAGCACUUUGUUCUCUAAAUUUGAACCAUGGUUGGGGGCUGCAGAGCAUAAAACGCAGUGGGAUCAGUUCCAAGUAAUUGGGUGGAGAAAGGGGAAUGAAUUGAAUAUAAUUCUCUGCAAUGGAGAACUAUCUCUUGAGACUUGUCACCUUCCAGGUACCUAAUUGCGUCUCAAACCAAAGGAAUGACACCCGUGCUGCUGCUUUUCUCAAAAAGAAAAUAUUAGCAAGGAAAACAUACUUUCAGACCCUGCUGUUUGACGCAGAGCAGCUAUCAGUUUAUUUUACCUUAUGCCUAUCGCACAUCAUAAAUCCUGUUUUGUGUUGAUGUUAAUCUCCUUUUCAGUGAGAAUCUUGAUGGAACUGCACGAGAGCGCGGAGGGACCCGCGGGCAGCAGCUGCCGCGCGAGCUGGCGCAGUUCUGCGCGGCAGGGCCGGGGCGACCCGUACAAAGCUGCAAGUCAGCUGAGUCAAUUGAGCCGCGCCAAGGGUUUCAGCAGCAUGGUGAUCUGACCUCACCAAGCUAAUGUAUAGCUGUUAUGGAAAAACUGACCCAAACUUGCAGCUCCUCAUUAGAUGAGGGUGCCUAUGGUACAGCUGUUCUCACCGAAGAAACAGCUCAGGAGUGUUUCCGCCGGUUGUCACUGCUUACAGGACUGAGGUGCCUGCACGGUGAACUCGGUGUAUGCUGAGUCUAACAGGACACCUGUGCUUUGAGACCCUGACCUGCCGAGCAGCCUCAGCAGCUGCAAACUAAAGGCAGCACUUCAUGCGUAAGCAGUGACCAUUGCCUUGCUUAUAUGGAGCUUUAACAGCUGGCAGUAGCUCAUGCCAGUGUUUGAUGCGCUGAUGCCCUGAAACCAGGAAAGGUGAUUAUCUGCUUCUAUAAUAUAAUGAGAGAUGAUUUGAUAUAGACUAAAAUUUCCCACGGCAUUAAAAUAUAAGUGUAAGUUUUUUUAACUUUUCAGCCUGACCUCUCAUUGUCUAAUUCUAGCUUUCUGAUGUAAAAAAUGAAAAGCAUCAAGCAUACUGCAAUGACAGAAAAGAAGUCAUCUCUCUUUGAAGGAAAUCAUUAACUCUCCAUUUAGAAGAGUUCCUGUACUGUUUGCUGUUUUUCACUGUCACCAAAAUUGAAGCCUAAAAUCCCGAGGCUGAGAGUUUUGCUAAAAUGCUACUAGCUAACAAAUGACCCUGGUCAACAUGGUUCGAGGGUGCUUGUUUUGCUGUUGGCUACCGGUGAAUAAACCUAGACUGUUAGAGCAACUUGCUGGUAGCAGCACUAUGAUAUGGCUGAUGAAAGUUGUUAUUUAAUGCACAUAAUCAAACCGAUAAAGACAGCUUAAUGGCUCAUCAGAUACACCACGCUUUUUAGCAUAAGCUGCUUUGAUUACAGAAGCAAGUAAUGCCAGGAGCAAUUGUGGCACGCUUCAGUUUCUGCUGUCACUUGUUGAACGGAAUUAGUUUUAGGGGAGUGCAGAGAGCUUGACUGAACAUGUUAAUUGUGAUGGAGACCUCAGAGUGCAGGUGCAAAACAGAACAAACCUUUACAGAGCUGAAAUGUAUAUGCACGGUUAACUUGCAAUAGCUGCGCGCAGUGGUAGUUUCCAGUAGCUCUUUUCACUUGAGGUCUCAGGAGCUGUGGUAACACGGUGAAAUAAUGCUCAAUGCUAUUCAGUGACAAAAGGGAUCAUGAGGAAAGAGGAGACGACAAAGCAGGACAACUUAGGCCACUGCUGGGUUCAUCCAAGAGACUAGUGCUGCACCCUGGUCUCCCCUUCAUCCCUGAACGGAUGCAGUGUUCCUGGACAAAAACACAGGCAAGGGGACAGGGAUGGCCCUGCGGAACAGCCUAUGUCUGGACACAAACCCACCUGCAGCUCAGCAGCUGGAACCCCACAGGUUACUGAGAUCUAACCUCUCAGCAUGAUGGGAAUAGGUUAAAUUUCUGAUGUCUUUUAGAGGCACCUAUCAGUGUUAUCCAGGUAAUGCUUAGUAUUUGAGUGGUGUUAAUUGCCCAGUGGAUAAUGAAAAACAAGUUGCUGAGGCAGUAGACCGAUGUUUCGGUACUAAAUAGAUUCAAAAAGACGCUGGGAACAACAACAGAAAUUCUUCAUUCCACUUCAAUAAUUCUAGACAGAAACCAAUUUUCUGGGUAAGAUAAAUUGAAAAUCAAAUGAAAAACCCAUAUAUUUUUCCAGGCUUUGUUUUCAUAACAUUCAAAAAGCCAUGCAGGAGGUGAUGUCAUAAAUAUUGACAAUACUAUUGUCCAAGCUUUCAGUUUCAGAAAAGAUACCGUCCUGUUUGGUUUGAAAUGUUAAUGUUUCGAUGCCUGGCUGAGGACUGCGCUUCAGGAAGCUGCCACAACUAUUUCUCGAAUGUAGUUCUCUUAAGUCAUGCUUGCACAGAGUUUUUCUUUUAUUUCUUAAUGCUUGCUUUCCUCUCAGUUUGCCAUAGUGCAAGAAACUUCUUAAUAGUCCUGAGUUUUUAACGCUGAACUCUCUGGGGAGGGAUGGCUGCAAUGACCUCUAUCUCCCUUUCAAUUUCCAGCUCCUGUUCUGCUGGCAUUAAUUUUAUUAUCCUUUGUUCACACAGCAGUACCCAUGUGGGCAGCAGCUUCUCUACUUACCUUAAAAUACACCUUCAACUUGGGCACAAAAUAACACGAAUUAAGACUUAAAAUGACCGACUGUGGUGUUACUGUCACAACAGAAGCCCCGUUUCAGUCGUGCCUGUGUUUGAUCCAGGAGCACUCUCACAGUCUGGGCAGAUUUUUCUGGUUUGGGACCUGACGGACUUGCAGUGGCACCAGCUCUGUCUGGGGUUUGCCUGGAAGGCAGUGCUGGCUCUUCAGCCACCCGGAGCAGCUGACAGCCAUGGAAGGUGGGAAAGUGUGUUAACCUGUUUAAUUACGUGCUUAGGCCCCUAUCUUCCCACCAGCACCACCCCAUGUCAUGGAAUGGAACGUCCUUUACUUCACGAGAAAGCACUCAGUUGUUUCCUCGAGGCUUCCCGCAGAGGACACAAUGGAGCGUGGCUCGUGGCAGUCUGCAGCGGACUGAAAACUACCAUGUCCAUGUUGCGUUCCUGUAUGGACUGAUAAGGUGUCAGCGUAGCUUGGGCUGAGUUCCAGUCGUUCACCCUGACACGACUACGGGAUCCUGAACAUCCCUCCGUAGGGGGGGCACCGACUACAUCAUUUCGACACUGCUUCUAUCCGCCUGGCGAAUUAGCUUGCAACGUGACUGGUGUGCCUCUAAAUUGUUUGGGUUUUUUCUUCUAAUUUUAUUCUCUACUGGGAAAUGGUUCUCCUCCCUAAACUAUGACAAUUACUUCCUUCUUUUACCUACUCCCCCAAUUACUUUGUUCACAUUCAAUACUCCAAGCGAUGCGGUUUUCAUCUUUAUCUGACUGCUCUGACAAGGAGUGACUCAUGUGCACAUAUACCAGAUGAUUCAGCUUUGUGCCUACAAUCUAGCCAAUACUGAAGCACUGGGGAUGGUAAAAAUCAGCUGCUGUGCUGGAAGGCGGCAAUUUAGAAGGAUCAGGGCCCAUUAGGGGGCAAUUUAGUGCUGGACAUAGCCCAGCCUGAUCAUUUAACUGUUCCCAGAGCUUAACCCAAAGCACUUACUGUUAAGUGCUCACUGGAGUAUCUCUCCAGUGAAAAAAGCUUGGACCAGUUCAGACACUUACUGGGGUCCAUGGCCAAUUUCCCGUGAUGGAUGGGAAGCUGCUACUUACAGCUUAGAUCUCCAGACAACUUCAUUAGAAGAGCUGAACUCUAAAGCUUCUCAACUAGGGACUUGUUUCCCAUUCUGAAUUAAUGUAUUGAUAAAAAUGGACAAAUACAAGCAAGUUAUGCAGGAGUAGCAGAGGAUACCAAAAAGGUCAUGCCCAGUGUCUGGCUCACAGAAGCAGUGGAUAUGUGUGAUCAGCCCAUGUCAGCUAAGGAGAAGACAGACAUCUGUCAGAUUGCAAGCCUACUUCCAAAACACAGCCAGCGCUGCUGGUCCUGGCAGCUGUGUGGGUAUUGAAGAGGGAGAACACUGCUCUUGCUGCACUGACUUUUUUUUCCUACAGUGUUUUCUUUUAUGUUUUACUUCUCAGCCACAAUGACCCACUUAAUGAGAAUCUCACCACUUCACUACUGAACGCGCGUCUAAAUAGCACAGGCAAGGCAGAGGGAGUUUAUUUUUCUUUCUGCGCAGUCCUGCCUUGUACAACAUCCAUUCCCUCAUUGUAUCAAGCCAAAUACUCCUUAUAAUAGUGCUAGAAUAUGUGGUGGCAGGUGAAAGCUCUCAAGGGUACACACACAAAGUAUGAUUGUCUUUGAAAGUAUCCUAAGCUCCAGGUAAAGCGUCCCAACUUACAAAAGGAUACUUCUGAGAGUCCUUGUGUUUCCAGUAUAACACUAAGUCAAAGGGCCAAGAACAUGAUUAGCCUCAGUAAGAAUUACAGUAUCUCUCCACCAGGUAUUGUGCAACUUUAAAUGCCUGUCCUCGUGUGUGUGUGCGCUGGGUUUCUGACUCAGCAACAAUCAGUUUGAGGCUUGGGCCUUAAAUUAAUUCCGUUCUCGUGGCCAGGCCAAGCCCUGUGCUGAAUGUGUGGCGCCCUUUCCCUGCAGCCUGUUCGUCCCUGCGCUCUGGCAUCGCUGGUAGCACCAGCCUUGUUUCUUAACCUGCUGCUGGCUGAGAGGACUAACGCUACACAGACUCCCUCAGAUUCCAGGAGCAAAAAGGCCACUAACAGCUGCAUAGCACUGAGACUUGGGUUGUCAGUGGUCUUAGGGGAAUUCUUGUGAAGAAGACAAAAAGCCAUUUCCAAGUGUAAGGGAACUAAAAGACUUAUGGCUCACUAGACUCCUUAAUAAAGUGGCUGGAUAAGUGUGCCUGUGUGCAGAAAUCUUCCUUUAAUCUUGUUUCAGGGAACAGUUGGCUGAGAUUUUACUUGAAAUUUAAAACAGCCUGUGACACAUCAUAUACAAAAACUUUAAAUUCGGAAGCUUAAAGGUGACUAAGCACUAAGCAAAACAACAGGUGUAUAAAAAGAAGCAACACGUAAGCAGCCCUAAGCUCUAAUUCUCUGAUAAUUUGUGUGUGUUAUAUUACAGCUAUUAUAAUAAAAUGCGCAUUCAAAAAACAUUUUUUCUGGGUUCCUUUGCUACCAAAACGUUAGGUAACCAGGGACCUGUCUCAUGUUGAAAACGCUGUCACUGUGUCUGUUUAUACCCCUCUGUUCUCCUUGUCCGUGUGUCCUGCAGCUUUGCGAUGGAUGAAAGGGCAAAACAAGGAACGGACCAACCUCCACGCUCUACUCAGCUAUCAGCCACAUGGCAGACUUCAGGUCUUGAAUGUUUCUGAGCAAAUUGGUAGGAAUCAUGAAUGUGCUUGAAAGGAUAAAAUUCAUACUUUGGCACCUUAAGGGCAACUAACAGCAAAUGGCAGAAAAUACUCAGCAAUAGCGAGGUUUUGCCAUACUAAAUUUUCAGCUUUACUCUUCCUUAUUUGAUGUGGUAACAAAACCAAUGUUUGACCUGAAAAUGGUGUAGUGUUAUUUCAAUGUCAGAAAACCAAAGCAGGGUGAUAGAAAUGAUAUAUAUCUUAGACAAAUGUAACAAACUUGCUGUGAAUGUCUUACCCACCAUUAGCAUCUUUUGAUUUACAUUUGAGAUUGGUCUUUUCAGCAAAAUGCUAUAUAAUCCUAGCUAAGUGGAUGAGUCCUCUGCAACUACGUCUUUUAUGACAGCAAUCCUACUGAUAGCAUUCUUCGUUAUAACUAGACAGGAUAGGAAGAGUUUAAGAUCUUUUUAAAAAGUACUCGGACAAAAUGCUUUCUUUGGUCUUAGCUCAGACUACCCGGAUAAAUCACUGUUGGGGAGGAUGAACAGUUUAAGUCCAUUCACCCUCAAGAUUGAGACAUCUCCCUGGAAUUUAAAAAUGAGAAGUUUCCUUCUCAGCGUAUAGUUGAUUUUCUUCAUGGAAAUAAGAGUCAGUAAGAAAAAAAAAUAUUGCAACUUUAUAUUUUUACUGUGUGCUUGCUUUGACAUAAGACAUGCCUAAGUACUUAAUGAAAAAUAUCAAAAUCGUGAUGGAUGAAAAGGUAAAUAAAAUGUUCACUUUAAGAGUGAGUUCUACUACCUUUAUUAAUAAGUAUCCUCAGAGUUUGUAAUUAGCAACUCAAAUCUCCUAUUACAAACAUUAAACAUUUCUGCUUAUGGGGGAAAUUGACACUAAGUGCAAAAUAAAGUUAAAACAUACCUUAAAACGA